AUGAUUAUCUCCACGUUUUUGGGAUGGAGUCUACUAGUCUCCGGCACUGUUUGCAAUGCUGUGGUUUUGCCGCAACAAGUUGCCAGUAGUAUUGCACUGGAGGAUACCACUUCGAGUACGGUGGCACAGGAACCAAGCAAUGUUGAUAAAUAUAUUGCACAGUGGGAAGAGCUGUAUGAAGCAUAUGGGUUUCAUUCUUCAGCUCGUGGGGUUGCGCGUGCAAAUGAUGAAGAUAACACUCCACCAAAACCUCAAGAAACACUAUUAUUAUCUGACACUUUAAAACAUCCAUUAAAUAAUACCCUUUAUGAAAGUACUGCUGAUAAAGCUGUGACGAAAAGUAUCGUUAUUCCUGAACCUGCUAGCACUCAGAUUGAUAUAAGUUUUUCCACAAAUACCCUAGAAAAUAAUGACAUUAAGGGUGUUGGUAGUAAAGAGUUACCCCUUGGAAAUGAUAUUGAUGUUGAUUUUGAAGAACCUUUAAAUUUUGAAUCUGAUUCCACAGCACCAUAUUAUACCCCACCACGCCCUAGUGGGUUUGUUUCUGGCAGUUAUUAUGGGAGGGUUGAUAAUACUGAAGAGUCUAGCUCUUUUAAUUCGUUUACAGUACAUGUUUUUAAGCGAGAUAUUGAAGAGAGUACAUUAAUUGGAGUAAAUGAUAACCCGAGUACAUAUGAUGUCGGUUCUUAUAUUUUGACAGAGUCAGAGGUUGCUGGAUAUUCUGAUUCCAUUGAAGAUUUUUUCAAUGAAGAUCUUGGGCUUGAUGAGUACGAGUUUGGCUACGAUGAUCGUGAUGCAUACAGGGAUAUUGGCGAUGGUGAAGUUGUUGGAGUUGUUGGAGUUUUAGGAGGAGUCAAUCCAGAGGAAUUUGAGAAUUUAGAUUUAAGUGGUGGUCAGACUUUAGAAGAAAAUGGCCGACGACGACGUCGGAUACGCAAGGGCCGAGGGAACCGAGUGAUUAAGGGCAUUGUUGUUGAUCACUGUGGACGACCAAUAAAUGGAACGUCUGUUGUGAUUAAGAAUGCAACAUUAGAGACACCAAGUAAUACUACGCUUGGAGGCAGUAGUCCCCGAGUUGAUUCUAUGACUGGGAUUGCAGCGCGGACGACGUCAAAGGCGAUGCUUGCUAUGACUGUGUUUUGCGGGAUGGCACUUAUUGUAUAG